AUGAUUGCGGACUUCAACAGAGAGGCAUCGGCGUAUGUUUCUUCGGUGCACGAACGUGCACGUAGAGAUACUCGUGUGGUUUCCUUUACGAGCGGGCAAAUGCGUGCGAUGUUGGACAACUUCCCUGAGGUGACUCAAAUGGAUAGUACGCAUAAACCCAACCA